AUGUCAGCUUAAUACAUUGUAGCAAUAAAAUUUGAUAAAGCAAACAACACUUAUAGGCUAAAUGUAAUUAUUGAUAUUUUAAUUAGGAUUUUAUAUCUGGGCAAGUUACAAUUAAUUUCACAGACCCUAAUUAGAAAAGGUUAGAAAUUUAAUCAUUGAAAUGGAGAUCAGAAGGNUUUACAUAAUUAUCAGUAACAUUUGCAUCAGGAUAUUUGGCUGGUAUAUUCUGUGCUAUUGUAUCACAUCCUGCUGAUACAAUUGUAUCUAAAUUAAAUUCAAUCUAAACAGGAGGUAAAUUAUACUAUUUAUUAUAAUAGGAUCAUUGGGUGAAAAUGUAGGUAAAAUUUAUAAGGAAAUUGGAUUCUCAGGAUUAUGGAGAGGAUUAGUAACAAGAAUUAUUAUGAUUGGUACACUCACUGGUCUCUAAUGGUGGAUUUAUGACAGUUUUAAAACAGCUGUUGGAUUAUAAACCACUGGAGGUGGAAGUAGCACACCAAAACCCUAAGAAACAAAACAUUGAUAUAUGUCCAAUUUUAUAUCAAUUCAAGCAUUUAUAUAAUCAUA